GUUUUUUGAAUAAUAGUUAAUCAAUUAGUGAUUUUUCCAACAAUUAAAGUUACGCAAAAAUGCACGAAGCUUACAUUCUCUAUCCGCCGGAGAAAAUUUCGGUCCAAAUAGAAUCGAUGACUGGAUUCGAAAACAAACUGAUCCUGGGAACGCGCCAGGGCCACCUGCUGAUGUAUUCCCUCGAGCCGAAUGCGGACACGAACCGGCUGGGCCUGCAGCUGCUACGGUACGAUAAAAAUUUCAGCAAAAAACCGGUCACCCAGAUCGAGGUCAUCCCGGAGUACGAGCUGAUCUUCAGCCUAUCGGAUGGGAUCGUCAGUGUGCACGAUUACAGCCGGCACGGCUUUCUGCUGAUACACACGGCCCAGAAGACGAAGGGCGCCACCGAGUUUGCGUUGGAUAUUAAAAAAUCAAAAUCACUAACCGGAGAGUUAGCCUUGGUCUGUCGUCUAUGUGUAGUGGUAAAGCGAAAGUUGCAGUGCUAUUACUGGAAGCAGAAUGGACUGUUGGAAUUCGGUAACGAUAUCGAUUUGAAUGAUGUUCCGAAAACGAUUGCGUGGAACAAUAACUGCAUUUGUGUCGGAUUCAAGACUGAGUACGUGAUAUACGAUAUUUCAGGAGAACAACCCAAAAAGAUUGAUUUAUUCCCCACGUCUUCGUCGAAGUCGAUUGAGCCAUGCAUUUCUCUGAUUGAAGACGGUGUCUUUGCGGUCGCUAAAGAUGAGUACCUAGUGACUGUUUAUACGGAGAAGUACAAAAACGAAGGGAAAGAAUCCGCCAGCGGAUUAGUUAAGCCAGAUGCUUCGCUGUUAACAACUAAGGACACUCGUAAUUUAAAGUCUCUAACAUGGAGCGAACCGUUUCAGGCCCUGGUUUGGGACGAACCGUACAUUGUUGGUCUAAUAACGGACGCGCUGGAAGUUAGAAUAUUCGAUCAUGUGGAUAUGUCCGACAAAGGGACGCUCAUUCAAACCAUUCCGCAGCUGCCGAAAGCUCGUUUUUUGACACGCGGGAAACAGGGGCUGUUGUAUGCGGCUUCCACCUCGCACCUGUGGUGCAUACAAGCGGUCGAAAUCUCCAAGCAGCGCGAACAUCUUCUGCAAGAGGAGAACUUUCAUUUGGCACUUCAAUUGACGAACAUUUCCGAUGAAAGUCCCGAGUUUAAGAUGACAAAAAUAAACGAAAUCCAAACCCGACAUGCUUACAAUCUGUUCAUCAACAAACACUUUCGCGAAUCGAUGAAGGAAUUCUCCAAGCUGAACACUGAUCCGAUUGAUGUCAUUCGUCUGUUCCCGGACCUGCUGCCAGAGAAUGGAAAGAACAAACUGAGUUCGUAUUCAAAGAAAGCGGCUCCAAUUCUGGACGAGAAAGACAUCGAAAACGGCUUGCUGGCUUUGAUUGACUAUCUAACGGAGGUUCGAUACAGUUUGCGGCAAGAGCUAGUUAUCAACAAAGCGGAAUCGAAAUUUUCUGCGGGGAAAAACAUCUCCGCGCUGCUUUCCAUCAUCGACACUACUCUACUCAAAUGUUACCUUCAAACGAACGAUUCGAUGGUAGCUUCGGUACUGCGAAUGAACUACUGCUAUCUGGAAGAAUCGGAGCGAGUGUUGAAAAAGUACGACAAAUAUGUCGAGCUGAUUAUCCUGUAUCAAACCAAGGGUCAGCACAAACGAGCGCUGCAGCUGUUGCAGGCUCAGGCUGAGACGCCCGGUUCUCCGCUGUACGGACACGACCGAACCGUCCAGUAUCUGCAGCAUCUGGGGAACGAGAAUAAACAACUGAUCUUCGAAUUCGCCGGGUGGGUGCUAGAAAAGCACCCGGAUGAUGGGCUGAAAAUAUUCAUCGAAGACGUACCGGAGGUGGAAAACUUGCCCCGGGCGGAAGUGUUGGAUUUUCUGCUGAAAGACCACAAGCAGCUGGUCGUUCAAUAUCUGGAGCAUAUUGUCAAUGUUUGGGACGAACAGAAGGCUCUGUUUCAUAAUAUUUUGAUUCAGCAGUAUCGAGAAAAGUUGAUUGGUCUCAAGAAUGAUCCUGACAUUGAGUCGGAUGUUCAGAAAAAGACAGCACUGGAUACUACCAGCAAUAAGUUACUAACUUUCUUGCGUAAAUCGAAAUACUAUCACGCUGAGAAGGUACUUGGAGAGUUUCCCUACACGGAUUUGUUCGAAGCACGUGCCAUCAUCCUUGGCCGUUUAGGAAAGCACGAAAAAGUGGUUGCCAUUUUCGUGCAAAUUCUGGGCGAUUUCGACAAAGCCGUCGACUACUGCGAUCAGACGUACGACGAAGGUGAUCCGAAGAGCUGUGACGUGUACGUGACGCUGAUCAAAACGAUUCUCACCCCGCCGGUGGCGCCACCGUACAGCGAUCUGGAGCUGCACCCGCGCUGCCUGAAGCCGGACAUCGAAACCGUGCUGUCCAUCAUGGAGCGCAAUGCCAAACGGAUCAACCCGUACGCCGUGCUGCAGAUUUUGCCGGAUGACAUUCCGUUGGUGCGGAUUAAAAACUUCCUCGAAAUUGCACUGAAUCACCAUCUGGAGCGGAAGCGCAAGACGCAGAUUCUGAAGGGUCUGUACUAUGCCGAGCAUCUGCAGACCCAUGAGCAAAAGAUUCAUUACGAAUCGAAGCAUCUGCUCGUGACCGAGCUGAGCGUUUGUCCGGUUUGUAAGAAAAAGUUCAGCUACCAGAGUGCGUUCGUACGUACGGCCGACGGAAGUAUCGUGCACUUUUCCUGUCAGGAUAAAGUUUAACGGUAAAUAUUUGUU